AUGAAAAAGGCGUUCCUCCUCCUUGCGCUCCUGUGGACCGUACAUUUCAGACGCUACACAAAUUACAACGUCAAAGUAAAGCUGAAAAACUUCUCCAACAAAAUCUACAUGUCCAGUAGAGUCCAGUUAAAGUCGACCAAGCUGCAACACAGGAAAAGACCCAAAAAGAGGAAGAAAUCAGAAAUUUAUCGAACGCCUGUUUUGUACCACCCCAACCAGAAGGACUACUUUAACCUGCAGAGCGAGUACACCUGCUUGCCCGAUGAGCAGGUGCUGCAGCUGCUCUCGAAGGAUAAACUGAGCUUGCUCAUCCGGGCGAUCAGGAGGAAGGACAACCAGGAGAUUGACAGAAUUUUGUACAAGGAUGUGAACGACAUAUAUUUGGACCGCCGGUAUGUGUACUACGAGGAGCGGGGGGGAGAUACAGGAGAGGAUAAAAGAGACGAUGUCGAAGAAGAGAAAAGAGGCGAUGUGGGAGAAGAGAAAAGAGGCGACAAACGGGACGACAAAAGGGACCACAAUUUCGUGGACCUAAACAACAUUUACUUUUAUUUCAAAAAGGUCAACAUCACGAACAUCAAUAAGGAGAACAUAAAUGAGGACAUCUACAAAGAGCUGGUGGAGCUGAAAAGAGUCUCUCUGGAAAAAGGAGACCAAAUAGGGGUCAACCUGUACAGAUACUUCCUCAACAUAAUUACAAAUGUUGACAGAAUGAAAUACAUCGACGAUUUUUACUUAGUUAAUUAUAUAAAUAACAUUUGGGUAACAAAAAAUGUUCAUAAAUAUUUUUAUUUUUUAAAUUCCCUAUUUGACAGAAUGAAAAAAAUUUCCUACAAGUUAUUCCAAUUGAAUUACAAAAUUGAUCAAAUUGGACACGAGGAGGAAACGAACAAAAUGAAGUACUUUGAGCGCCAUGAACUCUUUAGUAAGGUCAUCAAAAAAACGAAAUUCGUUCCCAACUAUGUGCGUAAGCACAGCUAUGCGUACGCUACCGACAUCAUGAAUCUCUACCGAUAUGACGUCAAUACGAACUCCUAUAUGAACAUGUUUGAGAGCACCUAUAGGGAGGUCUGCGUGGACGACUUCGUUGACAGCUGCAGGAGGAAGAGCUUAAACAUUUGCCACGACGCGAUGCGGUUCGACCCCUUUUACAGCUACGCCAGGGGGUACCCCAGGGAGAACGAGAUGAAGAAGAUCAUGGGCCUCACCUACGGGGCGCCGCCCCCCACUGCAGGAGUUGGCGGAGUUGUUGGCGGCGUUGUUAGCGGCGUUGCUGGCGGAGGUGACGACGGGGCCGCCGAGGCCAAGCCGAAGAAGGCGAAGAGGAGCCACGCCGCCAAGGAAGUCAGCACGGCAGUGCAGCCCAGCAAAACGCACAAACAAGCGCUGGGAGAACACCCCCCUGGGGGGGAAAACCCGAAUAGCCAUACCAAUGAGCAGGCACCCAACGGGGUAGUCAAAGACGCCACACAGAAUCAAAACCGGGCAGACGGAUGGCUAGAAAGGAUAAAAAAGGACCCCAAUUUGAAGUACAAAUUUCUGGAAAAGAUAAGCGAAAAAAUGUGCAGCGAAUUUGUAGAAAUGGGGGUCCUAGAUAACGAAAGCAAAAAAAUUGAUUUGAACAAAAUAGAAGACAUCAAAAAUGACCAGGAGAAUAUUUUGUAUAAAAAGGUUUACGCCAUGCGGGACUACUUUUACAACAUUAUGUAUGACCAUUACAAACCGAAUCUAGAUAUCUACGAAUUGGAAACCUUCAUAGAUGCAGAGUAUAGGACCUACUCGUAUAAGAAGGACCUCAAUGUGCUCUUCAGAAAUUGGGUUCUGAAUGAGAACAAGCAGCUGCCAACUGUUCACUUUGCGAAGAAGGACGUGGAACUUGCUAAGUUGAGGUACAUGUCCAAGAGGAAGAGGAAGGUGCUGGAGUUUGAUCAGCGGUUUUUGGAGCGCCACGGGGAGGGGAAGAGGAGGCUCUUCCCCGUGGAGGAGCACGCAGCGUCUGAAGUGGGUACAACUGGUGCGUCGCAAGAAGGGGCACCAUCGGGUGGGGCUGUAACCGCGGAGUUAGGGGGCCAGUCGGGGGGCGCGCCAGGUGAAGCGGCAAACGGGGCAAAGAGCGGCCCUGAUAGCGGCUCUGACAAGGGCCCUCACAACAACCCUAGUGGCGGCCCCAAUAGGCCCGCGAACAAAUCGCUGAGCUGCCUCAUCAAGUGGAACGUGCGCAGCGAAAACGACGCGAGGAAAAUAAACGACCAGGACGAGGCAGACCUAAGGGACGUAGACCACAUGGACGAAAACGACGAGGGGGAGGAUGACACUCAUGGCGGGGACGAAUCAUUCGACUUCGACAAGUACAACGUAAGGAGCAACGAGUUGGAGUCCUACGGAUUCUGCGACGAGAAUUUAAACGAUAGCGCCGGCGAUGGGGAUGGCGAUGGCGUAGAGCCCUCCUUCGGAGACAUGAAUUUUGCCAAGUUGGUCAUUUAUGACGACAACUACGAUCAGGGGGAGUUCGUCGAAACGAUCACCAGCUUGAUAUCCACGUGCGACUAUAAGAGGGCCUACUCAAUUUACAACACGUUGAAGACCAAAGGGAAGGUCGACACUUUGUACUUUAAAAGUUACGACAACGCGGAAAAUGUGGCCUUCCUGAUGCGCCAGUCGAAGCAGCGGAUUCUCGCCGACGUGGAGUUUCUGUAG